ACGGAUAUGAAAGGUCUUGAAGAGUCUUUUAUUUUCUUCUAUUUUACACAUCUUCAUUUCUCUCUUACUAUUUUCACUCUCUAUCUUCAUCCUUUUCUUCUUUCCCGUUAAUAAUACUUUGUACCUUGCUUUCUUUGUUUCAUCAAACCCCACAGUAACCAUAAAAGAUAAAUCAUCAUCAAAACCCUAUACUCUCUCUCUCUCUCUCACAUCUUUUUCCCACCAUUUUCUCCCCCAUUUUCUUUCCUAUUUCUACUACAACUCUGCUCAAGGAACGUGUGUGAUUGUCAUGUCACCAGCUUUUUGAUGUUGCAUUCAAGAGUACUAUGCUUUUUCCACAAUGCAUAAUGGAAUCUUGGCCUUUCGAGGUUCUUUCGAGCUCAGUUCUAAAUUACAACCGAACUCUACCUAAACCCUAAUUUUUGCUCCCAAAAAGUCAACCCAUUUUUCUAAAUCAAGUCAAUUUCAACUUUUUAUGGGGUUUCUAUUCUGGGUUUCUGAUUAAUGGGUUCUAGGAGUUCACUUUGAAGGUUGAAAAUUCAAGAUCUGUUUUUGGGGUUACGUCAUUGUGCACACCAGGUGUUUGCUUUAAGUUUCAUAUGAGUUAUGAUCCUUUUUUGUUGUUCUUUAGCUGAUAAAAAAGUGUGGGUUUUAGUGGAUUUUCAUGGGUAGUUUUGAUUGAUAAUUAGAGUGAGUAGUGAGGUUAGAAGAGAAGAAAUUGGUAGGUGACUGUGUGUUUUGGGGAGAUUUGUGUCAAUGUCAGCCUCAGGAGGUCCUAGGUUGAGGUCUAUGAAUGUUGCUGACUCAGAAGCAAGGCCUGUGUUUGGUCCUGCUGGAAAUAAGACAGGUUCUUAUAGUUCUAGGAAAGAUGGUUCGAAGCCACUGAGGAAGGCUGAGAAAUUGGGCAGGGAUGUUGAUUUGGCCAGAGAGAAGAAAGAUGCUUCUUCUCCUCAGUCACAUUCUACCAGUGUUUCUUCAGUGCUGCGCCGACACGAGCAGUUGUUGCAUUCUAAUUUGUCUAUGAAUGCUUCGUGUUCGUCUGAUGCGUCUACUGAUUCAUUUCACAGCCGAGCUUCUACUGGGAGGUUGACUCGGUCUAAUAGCUAUGGUUUUACAAGGAAGCGGUCUGUGUCGAAGCCAAGAAGUGUUGUUUCUGAUGGUGUGUUAGAAUCCCCUCCUCCUGAUGGCGCACAAUCCAAGAAGAGAUGUGCUUGGAUCACUCCUAAUACUGAGCCAUGUUAUGCUACUUUCCACGAUGAAGAAUGGGGAGUUCCAGUACAUGAUGACAAGAAACUGUUUGAGGUUCUUGUUCUUUCAAGUGCCCUCUCUGAACUCGCUUGGCCAGCCAUUCUAAGCAAGAGACACAUAUUUAGGGAAGCUUUUGCUGACUUUGAUCCAGUUGCUGUCUCAAAAUUAAAUGAGAAGAAGAUGUUGGCACCAGGAACCACUGCAAGUUCCUUACUCUCCGAUCUGAAAUUGCGUGGAAUAAUUGAGAAUGCUCGCCAAAUAUCAAAGGUCAUAGAAGAGUUUGGGUCAUUUGACAAUUACAUUUGGAGUUUUGUGAGCCACAAGCCUAUAGUUAGCAAAUUUCGAUAUCCUCGACAGGUUCCUGCUAAAACACCAAAAGCUGAAGUUAUUAGCAAAGAUCUGUUGAGAAGAGGUUUCCGUGGCGUGGGUCCCACUGUCAUAUACUCCUUCAUGCAGGUUGUGGGGUUAACUAAUGACCACCUCAUCAGUUGCUUCAGAUUUCAGGAAUGUGUGGCUGCAGCAGAAGGGAAGGAAGAAAAUCCAAUCAAGGAUGAUGCUCAACCAAAGGCAUGUGAUAGUGUGAUGGAAUCUGAUCUUUCCAUUGCCAUUGAUAAUUUGAGUUUGUAUGAAUCACAGUAAAUCUGGUAGAUCAAAUAGGUAGUACAUACUUAGCCUGAGACUGAUAUUCGAGGAGAAUUUGUAUUAAUCUCAAAGAAGGGUUGAAUCAACUACCUGUGAUGUGUAUGAAGCUUUCUAGAGGGAAGCCUUAACAAAUUGGUGUAGAAUUUUUUGUACAGUAAAAAAAUACCAGUGAUUAGAAAUAUCUUUUACUGA